GCAGUUUUUUUUUUUUUUUUGUCAGCUGCUUUGUAGCUACGUCAGCUAUCGAACAAGAUAACACUUUUUUUUUACUUGGGCCGAUAAUGGUAAGAGGCAAAGUUUAACAUGGAUGAAGUGAGCACUCUGACUACAUGGCACAAAGUUGUCCAACUUUAACAACCGGACUCAAACAAGCGUUCUUCUCGGGCAGGCCUCAUGAAAGGGACAGUUUUAUUAUUGUCCUAGCUCGCUGGCUAACGUUAGCUUCUGAAAGUUGCCGAUUUGGCUACCGGGGAGAUGUCUCAGCCGCGGCAGGCUUACCGUCGGCCGGCGGCCAGCAUAAAACAGGAGCAGGACGACGACUCGGACGCGGAGGAGACCCACAUGAUGAUGGGGCUGAGGAAGGCGGACGGGCUGGAGCCUCAGAUCAUCCACAGCGGACACUUCAUGGUGUCGUCGCCGCACUGCGAGCACCCCUCGAAGAAGGGCUACGACUUUGACACUGUCAACAAACAGACCUGUCAGACAUAUCAUUUUGGCAAAGCGAGCACGUCGCACAUCUCCAUUGACGCUUCCCUCACUAAACUCUUUGAGUGCAUGACGCUCGCAUAUAGUGGAAAAAUAGUUUCUCCCAAAUGGAAGAACUUUAAAGGUUUAAAGCUGCUCUGGAGAGACAAGAUCCGCCUUAACAACGCCAUAUGGAGAGCCUGGUACAUGCAGUAUGUUGAGAAAAGAGGGAAUCCUGUUUGUCACUUUGUAACCCCCCUGGAUGGAAACAUGGACUCAGAUGUUCAUCGUCCUGCAGAGGUGACUGCUACAGAUGGAAAAGGCUGGAAAAGAAGAAUUGAAAUUGCCAUAAAAGAAUAUCAUAAAUGGAGAACAUAUUUUAAGAAAAGGCUACAGAAGCACAAAGAUGAGGACCUGUCCAGCUUACUUAAGGGGCCAGAGGAGCAGUUUUCUCUGUUUGGAGAAGUCUCUCCAGACAUGCUCCGUGCUUCCUUUUAUCAGGAUGAAGAGACCGCUUCACGCCGCGUGCCUCGCAAGUAUAAUGAAAUCCCCGCCCCCAUGGAGAUGGACCCCCUGUUUGACAUGGACGUUCUGAUGUCAGAGUUCACAGACACCUUGUUCUCGACGCUGGCCUCACACCAGCCCAUCGCCUGGCCCAACCCCAGAGAAAUUGCUCACGCAGGGAACGCAGACAUGAUCCAACCAGGACUCAUCCCCUUACAGCCUAACCUCGACUUCAUGGACUCCUUCGAUCCUCUGCAAGACUUAUUUCACAGCCUCCGUCAGCCUGUCUUCCCCUCUGUUUCCCCCACUGCAUCAUCUGUCACCCCUCAACCCAGCAGCAGCUCUCAGUCGCAGACCUCGUUAAUGUCCUCCUUGCAGCUCUCAGGGAACCACAUACCCCCCGUCAGCCCCCUACCCCUUCCUGCCCCCAUGGUCAGUCAGACGAAUCCAACAGGUGACGAUGAAGCUGCGUACGAGCAGAACUACGCUUCCCUGUUUGGUGGGGAGGUGGCGUCCAGCRAUCAGCCUGUGGUUCCCUCCGUCUCUCAGCCUUUAUCCCAAGACCCCCUGGUUCGAUGCCUUCCAGGCCAGAAUGUGGCCCCGGCAGCUCCCAUGGUUCCUUUACCUUUGGAACAUGCCUCAGUGCUGGACGAGGCCACACCCACCACCGUGAUCACACAUACCGCGCCCUCAACCGUCACCCCCAGCAGCACAGCCACCGCCUUCAGCCACAUCUCGGCUGCUCCGCMCCAGCUCCAGCCUCUGGCUCCGCCUCCCGCUCCUCACAAACAGCAACCUCAGGCGUUCGCUCUGCCUCGCUCMUUUAAGGCGAACGCAUCCAACAAGGUCCGUGCCGUGCAGCGGGUCGCUCCUGCCAGCACCCUCCCUCCUCCACAYGUCAUUUUUCAAGGUCAUCCCAGUGCUGUUUUUGGUACAUCCCCACCUGCUGCUGGUGUGGUCAUCACUCCACCACUUUUUGCAKCGGCCUCAGGAUUGCCUCAUUCGCAGAAGACUCCUCAGCCCAUUGUCCUAGAAAAGAAGUUGUUUUCUACUGGCCGAAAAAGUCGRAAACAAUCCUCUCCUGGCGCCGUUCACAGUCAGCCUGAGUCCAGUCAAGGGUCGCCUUGUGGUUUAGAUCAGGUUCCCAGUCCUCAGUCAAUAAUCAGCUGCAGCUCAGCUCUGGUAAAGAAUGAGCACAAUCAGAACUGGAGGACGAGCCACAUAUCUGCUGAACAAAAGAGACGCUGCAACAUAAACAUCGGUUUUAAGACGCUUUGCAACGUCGUUCCCACUUUAAAGUCCCAAUCUAAUAUUACAAACGCGGUCACUCUGCAGAAGACCGUGGAGCACAUCGGGAAGCUCCAGCAGGAGAGGCAGCAGAUCCAGGAAGAGGUCAAGAGGUUACGAGAGGAGAUCGAGGAGCUCAAUGCUUCUAUUAGCUCGUGUCAGGAGCAGCUACCUGCGACAGGUGUGCCCAUCAGGCAGAACCGCUCAGAGCAAAUGCAGGAGAAGUUCAAUGAUUACGUGAAGACCCGCACUCUUCAGAACUGGAAGUUCUGGAUUUUCAGCAUCAUUAUCAAGCCCCUCUUCGAGUCUUUCAAUCUAAUGGUAACGACAACGACCAAGGCGGAGCUGUAUCGGACCACGCUGCAAUGGCUCGAUAAUCAUUGCUCCCUCCCCGUUCUCAGACCCAUGGUUUUGAGAACGCUCCGUCAGCUGUGCACAACUACGUCUAUACUGACUGACCCCUCUCUGCUGCCUAAAGAAGCCGUCGAGGCCGUCACACCCACAGGUGACCCCAAAGUUGUCUGAACGUUUUUUUUAAUGCAUCAAACUUUAAGGAACAAAACAUAUCUAUUGUUCCUGUAAGAUGUACAGGAAUAUCGCCGUGUCUUCCAUCAAUCCACAAAUUCUCAGAGAAAUCAAGAAAAACUCUACAUUGGACUGUUUUUUUAUUUUUUUUUUUAUUUUUUAUUUUUCACUCUGAAUGAAGCUUUCGUGCCUUUGUUUUGUUUUCUGUCKACCGACAGAAAUAAUGCAGUGACUACUUUCACCUUCUCCAGGUGACAAUCUUCAAAAUACUUAAGCUGAUACUUUAGGUUUAAAAAGCACCAAAAAUGUGUUCAUUGUGGCUAUGAAAAAAUCUUCAAAGGGAAAWACUGAGUGAAUGUUGUUUUCAGAAUGAAAGCAUUUUUUUUACCAUGAGAUACUCUUGGGAAAACUUUGUUUUUUAAACUUUGCGGAGAUGAGAACUGUCGUUUUUUUAAUGUGUUUAUUGUUUUUAAAGACUCCAGAUUAGCGUGUAGAUGACCUGAGAUAAAGCAUGUAGCRUUAGAGUUUUGCUCCAUUUCACAUCCCUCAUUGACUCAGGAAAAUGUUAGAUUACCUGUUAACACUACAGCUUAUCUCAUGGUUCCUCUGUUCAUUUUGAACUUCUGCCUUUUGCACAUUCUGCCUCUUUAUUUUGAUURUUUUAAAACCUUUUUAAGGACAAACUACAACACUGUGCAGUCAGUCUUUAGUUUUUAACAGAUCGACCUGAUGGAGCAACACCGACAGUAAAUCAGCGUUAUUUACUUAUUUACACAUUAUUGAGCUUUGCAUAAAGUAUUGCACCACUGUCUCUGCAGAAGAGGUCUUUUCUUUGAUGAUGACUCAGGGCUGCACUCGCAUGCAUUCAUCUGAACAAAUGAAGACUAGAAAGAUAGCUGUCGKUCGGGAUAAAGGCUCCUGGUUUACACAACAACAAAAGCCAAAGAGGAGUUGAUUCAUCACUAUAGAGCAUUAGAGAUGUUUGAUAGAGAACUCUGCAUACUUUGUGAAGAAAUUCAGGGUGAAAGACACAGAUUGAGCUGUUAGACAUCAUUAUGGUCAAAAGURUCCUUACCUGUGGUUACUGCAGGCUGAUUUUCCUUUGUUGCUCAUCACUCCUCAGGCAGAUUUUAAAAAUUUUUUUGGCUUUUUUAUUUUAUUUUAUUUUUUGAACUGUGAGUUUACAGAAGCAAAAGGCACAAUUUUUAUUUGAUGUACGUGCCUCUUUUUGAGUGCAUCUUUUUGUGUUUCAUUGUGGUUCAAAAGGUUUGUUUUAAUGAGACGUUUUGGCUUUUCUAUGAGGGGGGAAAUAAGCAGUAAAUGAUCUAGAUUUUGCAAUGUUAAAGCGUACAGUGGUGUUUUUAUUAUGAUGCCAGUUGAAUUUUGAAGUCCUGAUGAAAACCACCUGGUUUGAUGAGUUUCUCGUCCUCAACAGUCAAUAUUUCUUUUGUUGGAAUCCAAAACUUCAAUAUUUUAUUUAAUAUUAUUUUCUAGGACAUGACAAUAUUUCAUAAAUGUCGACCAAAGUUCUUAUAUUUCCUAUUAGACCUGAAACUUAAUGUUUAAUUUUUUUAAAAUCACUGAUGUGAUUUAGGAUUUUAAAAGAGYCUUUAAACCCCAGAAUAAUGGGCGUUUCUGAAAAACAAAAUGCACCUUUUUUAUGUUUUUAUCAUUGCCUACAAAGGAUUUUAUUUUUUUUUCUCUUUGCAAUGAUUUUUGCUGWAUGAAAAAGCAGCCAUUUUUCUCACUUUAACUGGAGGUUUGUGUGAAGAUGUUAUUUUUUUCUCUCUCUGUCUUUCGGUCGUUUUUAAAUUACAACAUGUUCAAUUUCCUCUUUUAGUUGAGUGUUUUACCUGUUUGAUGUUGUACAGUUUAUCGGUGCAGAUAGGAUCUGCAUAUGUUGUUUCUUCUCAUAUUUCUGUUACUUUCUGUGUGUUUUUCAGAGGAAAAAAAAUCUAUUUUCUUAUGCUGUAUGUAUGAGUGUUCUGGGUUCUGAGAUACAUCUGCAUACAUGAUUUAAAAAAGACUUUGAAUCACAAUAAACACAAGAAAACUCAG